AUGGUUUGGGCUACAAUCGAACGACAUAUUCUUGUAUUUCAUAAUCAUUGGAUAAAUACUCAGACAAAACGUUUUCUUAUUCAUUAUUUACCAUUAAUAAUAGUCACUCUAUAUUGUUUUGGUUUUUAUACUAUUGUCAUUUUUUUUCCAUCAUGUGAGAAUGAAUUUGAUUACACACAAAAUUGGUGUGAUUAUCCAUGUUAUUCUAAUGAUAACAAUCUUCUGAUGUAUGAAAAUUUGUUCCAUUUUCUAUUACCCAUUCCUUUGAUUGUUAUCAUCAAUAUUUUGUUAAUUAUUCGAAUUGCUAAACAAAAACAACGUCUUCAUCAAUCUAUGCACUGGAGCAAAUAUCGAAAAAUGAUUUUACAAAUAAUAUCAUGUUCAGCCGUUUAUCUUCUAUUCGAUCUUCCUAUGUUGUCACUACUUGUAGCUCAUAAUUUCGGUUUACCAUACGAAGCAACUGGUCAAGUUGAACUCUUUUUUUAUUUUCUAGCUUAUUUCAUCAAUAUUUUUAUGCCUUUUGUAUUUCUGGGAUUGUUGCCGGAGAUCUGGAUAAAAAUACAGCGAAAAAUACCAUGUUUUACUAUUAGAGUUCGUCCGGAAAAUAUUACAUUGCGUCCAAUGACGAUGAAACAAUUUACAUUUGCACAAUGA